AUGAGGUACGCGCAAAAGUAUUUGGAGGAGGCGCGCGCCGACGAGCGCGCCGCGAAGAAGAAGCAGGGCUACCGCUACGACGAGAAGCGCGACGUCCUCGACGAGGACGACGACGACGACGACGACGACGACGACGACGGCGACGACGGCGGCGACGACGACUCCGAGGACGGCCGCGUCGGCGCGCGGCUCCGGGCCGCGCGCGAGGCCGAGGCCGCGUCGGCCUUCGAGCGCCUCGGCGCGCGCCUCGAGGCCCUGGGCUUCGACGGCGACGUCGCCGCGAGCCGGAAGACCGUGCUCGCCGGGCACCGGGGCCCCGUGACGUGCGUCGCGAUCUGCGAGUCCUCCGGCCAGGUCUGGUCCGGGUCCAAGGACAACGCGCUGCUGCUCCACGACGCGGCCACGGGCGCGCGCGUCCGCACGCUGCUCCCGCGCUGGCCCCAGCGCGCGUCGGAGGACGCGCGCGAGGCCGAGGUCCUCGCCGUCGCCUGCAGCGCCGACGGCCGGUACGCGGCGACGGCGGGCUCCGACGGCCUCGUCCACGUCUGGGACGCGCGGAGCGCGCGGCUCGCGCACAGCCUCCGGGGCCACAAGGGCCGCGUGACGUGCCUCGCGUUCCGCGACGACGCGCACGCGCGCCUCGGCGGCGGCGACGACGACGGCCUCGGCGGCGGCGACGCGUCGUCGCAGCUCUUCUCCGGCGGCGACGACGGCAGCGUGAAGCACUGGGGCGCCAAGGCCGGCGCGUACGUCGAGACGCUCUUCGGCCACGAGGCGCCCGUCGCGGCGCUGGACUGCGCCUACGAGGAGAAGCCGCUGAGCGGCGGCCGGGACCGCACGGCGCGCUGCUGGAAGAUCCGCGACGAGUCGCACCUCGUCUACCGGAGCCCGACGGCCGGCGGCCUCGGCUCGUCCGUCGACGCGUGCCGCGUGCUCGACCGGGACCGGUUCCUCACGGGCGGCGACGACGGCGCGCUGUCGCUCUGGAGCGCGCGCCGCAAGAAGCCCGUCGUCUCCGUCAAGCGCGCGCACGGCGCGGGCGCCGCGGCGCAGGCGCUCGGCGCCGCGGCGGCCGGCGACGUCUCCGCGCACGUGCCCCGCUGGCUCCAGAGCGUCGCGGCGCCGCGCCACGCCGACGUCGUCGCCUCGGGCUCCUGCGACGGCGCCGUGCGCCUCUGGACCGUCGACGACAAGGACGCGGCGAAGCAGGUCCUCGAGCCCUUCGCGGCGCUGCCCCAGCUCGGCUUCGUCAACGGCCUCGCCGCGCCGCGCGACGCCGCGUUCCUCGCGGCCGCCGUCGCCAAGGAGCCGCGCCUCGGCCGCUGGGAGAAGGUCGCCAAGGCGAAGAACUGCGUCGUCCUCUACCCGCUCCUCAACAGCGGCUCGGCGCUCUAG